AUGCAAAGGGAUAGCCAGCGGGCUCGUGGCCAUCCAUCGCCUCGCCCACAACCAAGCCGCCACCCUCUUCGAGGAUCGCUAUUUGAAGUACCGGAGGAUGCCAUUGGGGACCCUGAUGACUGCAAUCUCCGCGCAAUCCACGGGAACAUAAAUUUGACCAACAUCCCUUGGUUCAAAGAGGCGCCGGACCCAGACGGCAUGGGAACGCUUGUCAUGACCGACUUUGGCCUAUCCGGGUCGGAUCUCAGGUCAAAAGCAUUUGACGUGGAGAACAACUUCACUCGCUCUUUCGACAUCUGGUCUCUUGGCUGCCUUUAUCUGGACAUGAUAGCGUGGCUUGUCGGCGGAUUGGACUUGACCCACGAGUUUCCUAUCGCACGUCGGGCGCCUCGGAGCGACGGGGGCCUGUUCUUCAGCAAGAUUCUCGGACUCCUUGAUAGCGUCUCCGGGGUAAGGGCUAGUAAGGUAGUAAUAGAAUUUCUGGUGGAGCUGCACUCGCACCCAGCAUGCAAACAAUUCAUCCACGACUUCCUCGACCUCAUCGAAAACGGCAUGUUGGUCAUUGGGGACGGCGGCGAGACUGGAAACCGCCGCUUAACUAGCAUGCUGGUGUGCGCGAUGCUUACCGAGUUCGAGCGCAAGAUGCAGGAGAACGAGGCCUACGGUUUGGUGCCUGUCCCACGGAGCCCGACAGGCCAGCCGCAGUGCGACGAGAGGGAAGUAUUUCGAGGUAGUCUCCCGCCCUACGACAAGAAGCUCUUAUGCAGCUUCCCCUCUCACACUUCCGGCCUCCGGCCCGUGCGUCGGAACCUGCGGGCCUACAAGUUCUUGCUCAAAUAA